ACCUAACCCUAUAUAUAUAUAUAAGCCGAUUGCCCCUUCUUCUUCACGUUUUUCCCUCGAGAAUUCCUGGAAAUUAAUCUCUUAUACAAUCAAAAUAAGCUAUUUUUCCUGCGAUUCAGUAAGCAAUUUCACUACUAUUAUAAAAAAUGGUGGCAGAAAGAGAGAUUUUUUGCCGGCAAAGCGUUUCCGUUAAGUACUUGAGCGCGGAAAAGUCGACCAAUAUUGAAGCGGAAUUCUUCGAUGUCUCAUCGGCGGCGGUAGCGGUGGAUACUCCUGGUAUUACUACUACUACGCCGCCUCGAUCUCAGAUCUGCUGCGCCUCCGAAUCGGAGAUUUCAAUCGAAAUCUGUCGUUCUGAAUCGGCUCGUAGCUGCUCAACGAGUGGCCAUAUUACUACUGUUUUUGAGAGUCCCAGUAGCAAAUUUGUUCCAAGCAUUUGUUCAGGUAGUCACUCAGAUAUUGGACCCCGCUGUUCCAAUGAGGAUGAACACAUUCGGAUUGACGAUUUAUCUGCACAUUUAGGUUCUCUUUACAAGUGGUCUCAACCAAGUGCCUUCUAUGCUGUUUUUGAUGGCCAUGGAGGCUCAGAUGCUGCAGCUUAUGUCAAAAAUAAUGCAAUGAAAUUCUUUUUUGAGGAUGCCAUUUUACCUCAAACUUCUGAUAAUGACGAAAAAUUCUUGCAAGAUUUGGUGAGAGCUCAUCGCAAAGCAUUUUCAUUGAUUGAUCUUGCCUUGGCUGAUGAACAAAAUAGUGUUGAUUCGUACUGUGGAACAACAGCAAUUACUGCCCUGGUUCUUGGAAGGCAUUUACUUAUUUCAAAUGUUGGCGACUGCCGUGCUGUUCUCUGUAGAAAAGGAGUUGCAGUUCAGUUAUCUCACGAUCACAGACCCUCAUGUCAACUGGAACGGCGAAGGGUUGAGGAUUUAGGU